CUAACAUUCAACAUGCAAAGGGCGCAGGGCGCAUACGGAAAACAAGUGGAUUUGUAAGUCCAAGGCGUGAUGUGAAGUAUUAUUGAUGUCUGUGAUGGAGUCAUGACGCCGCCCCUAAUACCGUCGUCGGAUGAGCAAGCAUCAAGGCAGUAACAGUAUAAGUGCAGUCAGUCGGAGCUCUUCUUAGAGCAAGCACAUUACAUCAAGUUCAGCCUUCCAGCAAACGAACAACAAGAUCAAGAUCCUCAUUUCUGCAUUCCAGAGAUCUCCAGCGACCAUUUCCUCGGGCGCACCUACAUCACGCCCCUCCUCAGAUUGACUGUCAACAUCAUCGCCAUCGAAAACACUCUACGCGACAAUUGCGAUAUUUUUGAGGAUAACACCGCUCUAUCUUAUUACUUCAAUACGGUCGUCUGCAAUACCACAAUGUCGACCUUAUCCUCAACAGCAACAACACCACGCUCCUCAAUCGAGCUCACCAAGUCUGCCUUCAAAGUCCACACAACAUCCAUCGCCCCUUUAUCAAUACACACCACACAGUCCAAGCCCAACAAGAUCUGGCAGUCCGUCAAACGCCAUGUACGACAGCACCAUGAAAGCGUGAACGCCGUAUACGCGAACUACUACGGGCAAGGGCAUGAGAGGAGGGUGAUGCUUGGUUCAGAUGGUGUAAGGCGCUUCGAUGGGCAGGACAAGGCACAAGAGGUGUGGGUUUAUGAGAGGGGCAUGUAUGGGCGAUGAUCAUGAGAUUUGAGGAUGGAGUUUUAAGAGAAGUGAGGGAUAUCCAUUGAAGAACUGGAUCAACAUGGCGCAUGAGGACCAUACCUCUUAGCGUGUUUACAAUUGCUGAGUGUAGUGGCAGAACCUGCGUGGACGCCGGGAGUUACGAAGGGGUUGAGGCGCUGAUAUGUACCCUUGACUAUUGCAUUAUAAUAUUAGACAUUUUCUUCACCUAUCCGG